GAGUGCAAUGACGCAAUCUCAGCUCACCACAACCUCCAUCUCUCAGGUUCAAGUGAUUCUCCUGCCUCAGCCUCCCAAGUAGCUGGGAUUCCAGGCUCCCACUAUGAUGCCUGGCUAAUUUUUUGUAUUUUUAGUACAGAUGGGGUUUCAUUAUGUUGUUUAGGCUGGUCUGAAAGUCAUGACCUCAGGUGAUCCACCCAUCUCGGCCUCCCAAAGUGCUAGGAUUACAGACACAAGCCAAGCAGUUUUUUAAGUUCUAAAAUUAUACUAUUUGCCCCUAGCACCAAGAUUGUGGUCUCAAAAUACCAUUCCCGAAUGAAAGGAAACAAGGCUUCCUGGACAAAGUGCUGAUUCCAGGUCUAGGCCAGAAAUGUGUAAGGAGCCUGGAACAUACUAUCACUCUGGAUAGCAAAGAAUCCAUCAAAGAUUAUUAGGAUGAUUUAAACAUGUCCAAAGGGCCAAUCUGAAGGGCCUCCUUCUAACCAAAGAUAGGACAUUUUGUACAUUAGUAAGGAUAAUAGUUGCAGUGAAUUGAGAUAUAUCAGAUAUGUUUGAAUAUCUGCAUUCAUAAUGAUCCUUUUGAAAAAAUAAAAGUGGGCACAGCUCCUCGUGCCUGUAAUUUCAACACUCUGGGAGGCUGAGUUAGGAGGAUCACUUCAUCCAGGAGUUCAAGACCAGCCUGUGCAACACGGGGACUUUGUCUCAACAAAAUAUUUUUUAAAUUACUCAGGUUUGAGGGCCCGUGUCUUUGGUCUCAGCUACUCAGGAAGCUGAGAUGGGAGGGUCACCUGACCCUAGAAGUUUGAGGCUGUAGUGGCAUGACUGCUUCUCUGCAUACCAGCCUGGGCAACAGAACUAGACCCUCCCUGUCUAAAAAAAGUAUAGGCUGGGCGUGGUGGCUAAUGCCUGUAAUCCCAACACUUUGGGAGGCCAAGGCGGGUGGAUCACGAGGUCAAGAGAUCGAGACUAUCCUGGUUGAAAUGGUGAAACCCCGUCUCUAUUAAAGAUACAAAAAAUUAGCUGGGCAUGGUGGUGCGUGCCUAUAAUCCCAGCUACUCGGGAGGUUGAGGCAGGAGAAUUGCCUGAACCCAGGAGGUGGAGGUUGCGGUGAGCCGAGACUGCGCCAUUGCACUCCAGCCUGGGUAACAAGAGCGAAACUCCAUCUCAAAAAAAAAAAGUAUAAUUAAUAGAAGUGGUCACCAUUGAAGGAUAUAAAUGAAACAGCCCAUGAUUUUGAAAAAUGGUAAACAAGAAAUAAGCCAUGAAGUGGUGUUUUCUAUAUAAGUUGUACAAGUGAGCAACAGUUCAUAAGAAGCAGCAUCUCUUUUUUAUAUUUACUUCAUUUUUUUUUUUAAUGCAAGGCUCUGCUUGGGGUAGCAGUGUCUCUUCAUGCACGGCCCUUCUUAGGGUAGCAGUAUCUCUUCGAAGGGUGGCAGCUCAUAAACGAAGAAGGAAUGAUACAACCAAUGCCUUCAUUGUUCAAUCCGUAAUUGAUCAGUGGCCAUUAACACCACCAAUUAAAAAAAAAAAAAGAUCUCCAGAGAGUACACACCUCCUCCCAGAAGAAACUGGCACAGCCUUUUUGCCCUGAAUCAAGUCCAGCCUGAAUCUCACCAAGUCUUGAGAUUAAACUACUAAUUUAUCAAAACUAGAACAAAGUGAAGAGCAAGUUAACCAACAUCAUAAGAUACAAUUAGCAAAAUUCACAGUAUGAGAAACAGCAUAAUGAGAAUACACUUAGCAUAAUUCAAAGUAUGGGGAAAUGGCCUGAUUUAUUCAAUAAAUGGACUGCAAGGGACAGCACAGAGAUCAAAGUGGGACGCUGUCAGGAUCAAAAAACCCUAAGAGGCGAAUCACACAAUCCCAAAGAGAGACUUUAUUUGGAUCCUGAUUCAAACAAUAAAUACAUGAAACGACUGGAAAUUUGAAGCUAGAAGGAGAGUUGACAGUGAUAAAGAGCAAUGGUGUGAGAUGGUUGGUUGAUGAUGGUAUUGGGAUUAUAUUUUUUAAUGACUUCUUGUCUCCGGGCACGGCGGUUCACACCUAUGAUCUCAGUAGUGUGGGAGGUCAAGGCGGGAAGAUCCUUUGAAUCCAGGAAUUGUAGACCAGCCCAGGCAACAUAGCAAGACCCUUUCUCUACUAAAAUACAAAUAAAAAGAUGAGCUGGGCAUGGUGUGAGUCUGUAGUUGCAGCUACUCAGGAAGUUGAGGCAGGAGAGGCCACAGUGAACCAAGAUCAUGCCACUGAACUCCAGCCUGGGUGACAGAGACCUCGUGGUGAAAGAACAAACAAGAAUCGUAUCUUUUACAGACAUCCACCAAGACGGUCAGGGAGGAAAUUCUAUGAUGUGUGGGAUUUGCUAUAAAAUCACGAGAGGAAGAGGAGAAGCAUGUAGGAGCAUACAUGUAACGCGAUCGGCCGUCAGAUAACAAAUACCUGAAUCUGCUGCUGAGUAGGUGGAAGCUCACUACACUAGCCUCUUGUUCCAAAAAGCUCUAGAAUAGAAAGUUUGUCUAAAAAUCCACUUCAGGGAUUUGUAACAAGCAUUGAAUAAGAUCAUGUAUACAGAGUGUUUUCUCACCACGGCUUGCAGGUAGUCAGCACACAAACAUGGUUCUUAGUUUUGUAUAGUCCCCGUCCAUGAAUCACACCCAAAAAAGGUAUGUUGUUCACACCAAGAGCUCUGGCCCAUGGACCUUUGUCCACUUGGUAAUUCAUUGGACUCUGAGGUUUAGAAUGAGGAAAUACCAGCCUUCAAAGCCCCAGGCCUGCUAUGAAAUAGCAAAGCCAAUGGUCCCAGGUGCCUUCGUAGCACACCUAGUAAGUAGGACCCUUUUCUCUCACCUUGUAGGCACACUUGAGUCCAUGCACUCAUUUUUCAUUCAUUUCUUAUAUGCCGUGUAUUGGGUACUAGGGAUCCAUAAUACAGUGGACCCACAAUUGACUGGAAGCAUCACUUUCAAAGCAUCAUUUCAGGAUGAGUAUUUCGUGUCAAGUGGAUUCAAGGAACAGUGCGAAGGAUCCAUGGCCUCAGUCACCAUGAAGAGCCUCCCAAGAGCCAACCGUCCUGGGCACAUGUGAGUGGAGACAUGGAACUGACCCUUACAAGGUCUAGAACCUGACAGAUCAUACAAGACAGAAGCCCAAAUAACUAAGAAGGGGACGCUGAAGGUUUGGCUGGCCGCGCCAGGAGCUGGGCAGCAAAAAGGAGGCGUAAGAAAAUUUGCCGCAGUGAAAAUGAAGCUCCCAUUCAAGACCCGGAGGAGGGUAGGACUGCGAGGAUUGCGGAGGAGAUGUCACCUCACGAGCUGCUGCAGGAGGAGAACCGGCAGAAUCUGGGCCUGAGCACCAACCUCAAGCAGGUGGAGGAUGAGAAGAAUUCCUUCUGGGAACAGCUGGAGAAGAAGGAGGCCACGCACAACCUUGAGAAGCAGAUUGCCACCCUCCACGCCCAGGUGGCCGACAUGAAGAAGAGAAUUGACAGUGUGGGGUGCCUGGAAACCGCAAAGGAGGUGAAGAGGCAGCUCCGGGAUGACCUGGAGGGUCGACCUGAGAAGAUGGAGAAUACCAAGACAUGGCUGCAGCGGGAGCUGGACAAGCAGCGCCAGAGGGUGUGCAACCUGCAGGAGAAGCAGAAGAAGUUUGACCAGCUCCUGGCAGAGGAGAAGACCAUCUCUGCCAAGUAUGCAGAGGAGCGUGACCGGGCCGAGGCCGAGGCCCAAGAGAAGGAGACCAAGGCGCUGUCGCUGGCCCGGGCCCUGAAGGAAGCCAUGGAGCAGAAAGUGGAGCUGGAGCGGCUCAACAAGCAGUUCCGCGUGGAGAUGGAGGACAUCAUGAGCUCCAAGGGCAAGAGCGUCCAUGAGCUGAAGCCCAGGUGGCUUCUGGAGCAGCAGGUGAAGGAGUUGAAGACCCAGCUGGAGGAGCUGGAGGAUGAGCUGCAGGACACUGAAAAUGCCAAUCUGCAGCUGGAGGUCAACCUGCAGGCCAUGAAGAUCCAGUUCGAGCGGGACCUGCAGGGCCGGGACGAGCAGAGUGAGGAGAAGCAGCAGCAGCUGGUCAGACAGGUGCGGGAGAUGGAGGCAGAGCUGGAGGACGAGAGGAAGAGGCACUCCAUGGCAGUGGCCGCCCGGAAGAAGCUGGAGAUUGACCUGGAGGCGCACAUUGACUCGGCCAACAAGAACUGGGAUGAAGCCAUCGAGCAGCUGUGGAAGUGGCGGGCCCAGGUUAAACACUGCAUGCGUGAGCUGGACGACACACGCGCCUCUCGCGAGGAGAUCCUGGCCCAGGCCAAAGAGAAUGAGAGGAACCUGAAGAGUGUGGAGGCUGAGAUGAUCCACUUGCACAAGCUCCUGGCAGAGGAGAAGACCAUCUCUGCCAAGUAUGCAGAGGAGCGUGACCGGGCCGAGGCCAGGGCCCGAGAGAAGGAGACCAAGGUGCUGUUGCUGGCCCGGGCCCUGAAGGAAGCCAUGGAGCAGAAAGUGGAGCUGGAGCGGCUCAACAAGCAGUUCCGCGUGGAGAUGGAGGACAUCAUGAGCUCCAAGGGCAAGAGCGUCCAUGAGCUGAAGUCCAGGUGGCUUCUGGAGCAGCAGGUGAAGGAGUUGAAGACCCAGCUGGAGGAGUUGGAGGAUGAGCUGCAGGACACUGAAAAUGCCAAUCUGCAGCUGGAGGUCAACCUGCAGGCCAUGAAGAUCCAGUUCGAGCGGGACCUGCAGGGCCGGGACGAGCAGAGCGAGGAGAAGCAGCAGCAGCUGGCCAGACAGGUGCGGGAGAUGGAGGCAGAGCUGGAGGACGAGAGGAAGAGGCACUCCAUGGCAGUGGCCGCCCGGAAGAAGCUGGAGAUUGACCUGGAGGCACACAUUGACUCGGCCAACAGGAACUGGGAUGAAGCCAUCGAGCAGCUGUGGAAGUGGCGGGCCCAGGUUAAACACUGCAUGCGUGAGCUGGACGACACACGCGCCUCUCGCGAGGAGAUCCUGGCCCAGGCCAAAGAGAAUGAGAGGAACCUGAAGAGUGUGGAGGCCGAGAUGAUCCACUUGCACAAGCUCCUGGCAGAGGAGAAAACCAUCUCUGCCAAGUAUGCAGAGGAGCGUGACCGGGCCGAGGCCAGGGCCCGAGAGGAGACCAAGGCGCUAUCGCUGGCCCGGGCCCUGAAGGAAGCCAUGGAGCAGAAAGUGGAGCUGGAGCGGCUCAACAAGCAGUUCCGCGUGGAGAUGGAGGACAUCAUGAGCUCCAAGGGCAAGAGCGUCCAUGAGCUGAAGUCCAGGCGGCUUCUGGAGCAGCAGGUGGACGAGUUGAAGACCCAGCUGGAGGAGCUGGAGGAUGAGCUGCAGGACACUGAAAAUGCCAAUCUGCAGCUGGAGGUCAACCUGCAGGCCAUGAAGAUCCAGUUCGAGCGGGACCUGCAGGGCCGGGACGAGCAGAGUGAGGAGAAGCAGCAGCAGCUGGUCAGACAGGUGCGGGAGAUGGAGGCAGAGCUGGAGGACGAGAGGAAGAGGCACUCCAUGGCAGUGGCCGCCCGGAAGAAGCUGGAGAUUGACCUGGAGGCGCACAUUGACUCGGCCAACAGGAACUGGGAUGAAGCCAUCGAGCAGCUGCGGAAGCGGCGGGCCCAGGUUAAACACUGCAUGCGUGAGCUGGACGACACACGCACCUCUCGCGAGGAGAUCCUGGCCCCGGCCAAAGAGAAUGAGAGGAACCUGAAGAGUGUGGAGGCCGAGAUGAUCUGCUUGCACGAGGAACUGGCAGCCGCGGAGCGUGCCAAGCGCCAGGCCCGGCAGGAGCAGGACGACCUGCUUGUGGACCUGGACCACCAGCGCCAGAUAGUGUGCCACCUGGAGAAGCAGAAGUUUGACCAGCUCCUGGCAGAGGAGAAGACCAUCUCUGCCAAGUAUGCAGAGGAGCGUGACCGGGCCGAGGCCGAGGCCCGAGAGAAGGAGACCAAGGCGCUGUCGCUGGCCCGGGCCCUGAAGGAAGCCAUGGAGCAGAAAGUGGAGCUGGAGCGGCUCAACAAGCAGUUCCGCGUGGAGAUGGAGGACAUCAUGAGCUCCAAGGGCAAGAGCGUCCAUGAGCUGAAGCCCAGGUGGCUUCUGGAGCAGCAGGUGGACGAGUUGAAGACCCAGCUGGAGGAGCUGGAGGAUGAGCUGCAGGACACUGAAAAUGCCAAUCUGCAGCUGGAGGUCAACCUGCAGGCCAUGAAGAUCCAGUUCGAGCGGGACCUGCAGGGCCGGGACGAGCAGAGUGAGGAGAAGCAGCAGCAGCUGGUCAGACAGGUGCGGGAGAUGGAGGCAGAGCUGGAGGACGAGAGGAAGAGGCACUCCAUGGCAGUGGCCGCCCGGAAGAAGCUGGAGAUUGACCUGGAGGCGCACAUUGACUCGGCCAACAGGAACUGGGAUGAAGCCAUCGAGCAGCUGCGGAAGCGGCGGGUCCAUGAGCUGAAGCCCAGGUGGCUUCUGGAGCAGCAGGUGGAGUUGAAGACCCAGCUGGAGGAGCUGGAGGAUGAGCUGCAGGACACUGAAAAUGCCAAUCUGCAGCUGGAGGUCAACCUGCAGGCCAUGAAGAUCCAGUUCGAGCGGGACCUGCAGGGCCGGGACGAGCAGAGUGAGGAGAAGCAGCAGCAGCUGGUCAGACAGGCAUGGGGACCUGCCGUUUGCCCCGACGAUUGCUCGGAUGAGGAGGUGGAUGGCAAAGUAGAUGGAACUGAGGCCAAACUUCUGAAUAAGCCUCCUCUCCUGCAGCCUGAGACACAUGGACAGGCGGACACUGCAGCCUCCCCUUCCCAGACCCUGCCGCACACCUCCCCCGACCUUGGGACUGUUGUGAACGUGCCUCCCACGCCCAUCCCGUCUCCCUCCAGGCCCGAGGGUAGUUUACCUGCACGGUAGAUUCAGUAUGGUUUAAAAAUCUGCCACCUGCACAGAUAUUUUUGAAAGCAGAUAAAAAGGUUUUUUUUUUUUCUUUUAAUAAAAAAAAUUCUGAGGCUUUCUCACUGCCUUUCUUUAGAAGAGAGUAGCUUGUCCUCACUGGUCUACACUGGUUGCCGAAUUUACCUGUAUUUCUAACCGUUUUCUAUAUACUGCAUUGAGCCUUAUGGCAAGAAGGCAUUUUUUUUAAAGGAAACAAACUCUCAAAUCAUGAAGCGAUACGAAAGCUGCAUAUGCCUACAAGGCUCUGAAUUCAGGUCCCAGUUACUGUCACAAAGGAGCAGGUGGAACUCCCGCCCUACCCCCUUUUUAUAUAAUAAAAGUGCCUUAGCAUGUGUUGCAGCGGUCA